CGCCGCCAUUUCCGCGCGGCAGGAGGCGGAGCUGGGCGGCGCCGGGGCAGGCGAUGGCGAUGGCGGCGGCGGGAUCGCUGCCCGCCGUGGCGGCCGAGCCGGGGGCCCGCCUGGAAAGCGUGCGGGUACUGGCGGGCCUGUUCCGGGAGGCGCAGCACAGAGAAAUGGCAAAAGAAGGUGUAUUUCAGGAUCUCCUGGAAAUCCUGAGAAGCGUCUCAAGUGAGAUUGAGCAGGCCUACAAGGACUCCUGUGAACUGGUAGAUCUAGACACCCGCCUGCUGCUUAUAGCAGAGUGUUUCAGAUGUCUGAGGAAUGCUUGUGUUGAGUGUGCCAAGAAUCAACAUGUCAUGAGGAACCUGGGUCUCAUCUCUACAUCUGUCCAUUUGAUCAAAUUGCUUCAUGGAAUACAAAUCAAAGAAGAAUUGUUAUUGACUGCUCUUCGUUGUAGCCUCCAAUUUCUUGGAAACGUUGCAGCAGGAAAUGGAGAUUCCCAGAAUAGCAUUUGGAAGUGUGCUUUCCCAGAUCUCUUCUUGACAUGCCUAACAUGCAGUGAUAGGAAAAUUAUUGCCUAUUGUUGUAUGGUCCUGUUCACCUGCCUUAAUUCAGAGAAGGUGAGAGAACUACUGGAUCCUGGGAACUUGACUGUGGCUCUUCAUGUCCUGAAAGUCUACAAAGUGCAGUUGGAGUCUGAGUGGUCGUUCAUGAUUGUUACAGACUAUUUGCUGAAAUGUCCAGAGUUGGUAGAAGCCCUCUAUGCCAAACUGAGCAAUCAAGAAAGGGUUACUUUGUUAGAGCUGAUGAUGGUGAAUGUAUGUGAGAAGAACCUACAUACCAGUGAAGAAAUGAAUGUGUUCAUGAGACAUGCUGACUUCCUUGUAGGGUGUUUCCAAGAGAAAUACGAAGCUGUGCUCAAGUUAACUUCUGCAGAAGAUGCAGAUGAUGAGGAAGCACUGGUUGCAAUUCGUCUUCUUGAUGUUCUUUGUGAAAUGACAUCGAGCAAUGGACAGCUGGAAUAUCUACAGACUUUGCCUGGUUUGCUUGAAACAGCCAUAGAUACCCUGAGAUUAACUCAUCUUGCUGGGAAACAGACUGUAAAUGUAUUUACUGUCACACAUGCUAUGACAGGGCAGGAAGAAGUUUUGCAUCCAGCUGUGGAUUUUAAAUCUCAUCUCAUUCGUUUGAUUGGAAAUUUGUGUUACAAAAAUAAGGAAAACCAAGACAAGGUUUAUGAGUUAGAUGGCAUCCCCUUGAUCCUGGACAACUGCAGCAUUGAUGACAACAAUCCUUAUUCAUUUUCUCAGAAUGAUUUGAGAAGUCUUGGCAAAAAUGUCAACGACUUCAUAAGGGAAUAAGGAAUGGAAAUGCCUAGCUCCUUCUAGGGGAAACAAGCAGAAAUAUCUUUACUGACUUAAUACCUGUGAGGAGUCUCAUCCUUAAUGUCAAGCCUUCUCAGCUGAACCAACAGGUGUGAGCGUGUCACUUUUACCACUCACUGAGCGCAACGUGCAUGCAUAACACUGUUACAGAUCACCAAAGGAUUUUACUAAUAGUGUCAUUGGAAUUACAGCACAUUCUUUGUCAUUCCAAACGUUUGUGUAUCAUCCAAGUUUUUGCAGGGUGGCUUCACUCUCUUUUCCUCGCCUUGUAAUCACUUUGUUACAGGAGUUUUUCAUUACUGCAUUUAGACAGACCUUGGCACCUACUCUCAACUGCUUUCUGGGCCAGUAUUAAAUGUUAUUUAACAAACAAGUUAUUAAAAUAAUUACAUAUUAUUUAAUAAACAUGGGUUUUUAGCCACGUAUUUUAUAAAGUACUAAAAUAAAUAUUUCCAGUCUUUGGCCAAAGCCCAUGUCUAUUUAAUGAUGCCAAGAUGUGUCUGAAGAGUGUCCUCCUCAAUUCUGUGUAUUUUCCAUUGUUAGUGCUUUAUUCUAAAUUGCAGCCAUCCAUGGUGAGCCUGCACUCCAUGGGUUAAAGUGUAUUUUGAUAUUAGAACAAGCUUUCAUUAUGUUUUUUCUCUUUUCUCCGCUUUCCCUCUCUUCCCCACAAUUUGGAACUUUAAGCUUUUUAGUUAAGCUAUUAUGGUGGCCGUAAACAGGUGCGUGCUUUACAGAGGGUCUCAUUCUGUGGUUUCCACUGGCAUCCCUGGCCUUCUGAACUCCCCUUUGCUACCUCCUUCCCCCUCAAUAAUUUUUUAUGAAUGAUAGCUUUUCAACACCCUGGGAACAGCUUGUUGGGAAAAACACUCUUCAUGGGGUGCAGUCAGAUCCUACACAUUUCUUCAAGGGAGCUUUAUGAAAGGAAUGGUACUGUGUUGCAGGUAUGACGUAUGCAUGGAGCCCCCCUCCCCGCUCGCUUCCUACCCCCCGCCUCUAUGAUUCACUGUGAUAAAUUUGCUUUUUAAUAAUGCCAGUGGGCUCUCUCGCCACAGGUGCUUCUCAAUUAAAAUCCACUUUGUUUAAACACUGGAGGCUUGUUUAACUGAGCCCCUGGUGAGAGUUGUCAGAUCUCAGGAUAGGUGACAAAAAUAGAUUAGUGAUCCUCUGGAGCUGCAUUCAAAAUACCAUAUCCUGGGGUAGCAAAGGGCAGUGUCACUCUUAAAACAAAUCUGCAAGUUUGAGAAGCCCUGGGUGGAAUCCCUGUGAGUUGUCAUUUUCAGCAUGGGGCUUUCCUUAAUCCAUCUUUUAGCAUUUUGUUUUGUUCCUGCUACCCCCCACCCUCUAAUACUUUCCCCUUCUUUCUACUGUUGAUUUGGCUGUUUAGAAAAUAGAAAGGUAAAAGGAGUAUUUUCCUCUUUCCCAACAACAGUCUCUUUCUUUAGUAUUCUAACGAUAUUUGCAAGAAGUUAAUUGGAAUGGCAAAGGGGAGGGAGGGCUUUUAUAUAUUUUUUAAAAGAAAAAAACAAGCUUAAAGUUUCAGAAUCAUAUGUUUUUACCUUUUUUUCCCCUUUAUUUUCUUUUAAAUAGAAGGGAAAAUUUACUUUGGGGUGAUCUGAUCUUUUCCCUGCCCUCUUAGACAUGUAUUUUUAGCAUUUAGAACACAUGUAAUGUCCUCAGAUAUUGCUUACCAAAGCACUUUGAAAUAACUAUAGAGGGUAGAUGGGAUGACUCAGGGGACUGGUAAUUGAAUAUGGAGCCUUUUCACCUCGAAGUCACUAGUUUGAAUCUAACCCAAGUUGCUAGCGACCUAGUGGUUACCCUCAGAUGGCUGUUUAGUGGCCUGUCUGAAGUGAGUUGGUGGUCUCAGUCCAGCUUUUUGCAAACAGCUGUCCACAUCACAGAAACCACCGUCACAGUUAGUACUAAUUAGCAGCCUUGUUGGCAGUAUCGGUAAGUGAGGCGAAGGACUGAAUUAGCCAUCGAGUUGUCUUCUGCUGUUAGAGGUGGUCUCCCUGAAACAGAGCCAAGGCACCCUGCUCUUUGAGUCUUGCAGCGGCAGCUGGGUUUUAACACUGUCUGGGUUGUGUGUGCGUGCGGAUUUUCUCCCUCUGGGGAGACGGCAACUUUUCCUGCUCCCACGAGAUCAGGCUGUGAGCCGUGUCCCCAUUCUGGUUCAGUUUUGCUUUGCCCUCUGCAGCUUAUCAAUUCCUGGGUUCAGGGGCAUUUUGAUACCUGGCUGUUGGACUUUCCCACACACCCUGUAUCAGUCAGAUUAGUCCCCUAACAUUUCUGCUAAAUCUACUGCAAUUAAGACUUCACAUUUUA